AUGUCCGUAUCGGGUAUGCCUGAUUCUAGUUAUAAUAAAUUCGGUUUAUUGGAAGUAGAAAUUGAUUAUGAGAAAACUGAUCCUUGCUGGCAUAUAUCUUCUUCCGGUUCAAAUGUUUUUCAUGGCAGAUAUCCGUCAGCCAAUACGUUUAUUGAAAAAUUACGAUUAGAGCAACGAGCAUGUUUGGGGCGAAAAGUAAAAAAGGAAGAAGAUUUGCGUUUGGCAAUACGUCAGAGAGUAUUAUAUGAAUAUGAAAAAAAUCGAAAAGAACAUUUGGCGAAAUUCACCGCACAAAUCACAGGUUACAAAAUUGAUUUCCCUGCAGAUAAAAAAGAAUCUGAAACAAUUAUUGCAUGUCAGCUUAAAUCUUGUACACACGUACACAAUGGGCAUAAUUUAUAUAUUUUCAUGUAUUCACGUUAUUCAACAGUAUUUCGUAUUUUGUCUGAAGGAGCAGCCUCACAGAAAAUUCCGAAUCUCUUAAAUUUUUGUAGUUCAUCAUCGGUUGCUUCUACAUUGAAUCCCCAAAUUACUAAUAAAUUCAUACCUACUUCCUCGCUCGAAACAGAAGCAUGUAAUUUGCCAGUCCUUUCUUGUGCUGAAAAGGCGACAUCAGAUAUUAGUGUUAUCCCUCCUGCAGUAAUCACAACUACGAUCCAAUCUUUUGCAAUAGAUACAGUAUUUUCGGGUAUUUUUUUCCUCUGGUAUCUGAAGUUAGCAUCUUGUUCUUCGUUCUGUAUAUCGCCUGCAUCUGAACAGCGUUCUGAUAUUACAGAGCAUAAUAACGUUUCUAAUGCUAUUCAAGAACAAGUCACAUUCACUGCUUCCGUUUCUUCAUCCAUAUCUUUGAAUUCUAGGAGCAAUUUAUUGCCAGAGCCACAAAUUAUUGAGGAAAAGUAUACUGAACUCGAGAAAGAAAAUGCUAAUAGUUUAAAAAUCGGCGAUAAAUUGAUUGACGAAUCUCCUCCAAAUACUGUUAGUGUUAUUCAGUCACCUGACUGUUCUACUUGCGAAAAGAAUGAACAGUGUUUUGCCCAAGCUUUUUCAAAUCACGCUCAUUAUCAUCAGUUCUUCGAACAAGAAAUAGCUUUUACAAAAGCUUUCAGGAUGAAUACACUAAAUAUAUCGAUUCCGACGAAAAACUUGUUAACGCGUACAAUAAAGGAGAAAAUCUCGAUAACAACAAAGAAAUUUGCAACUACAGGUGACGUUGCGAAGAUUGUUCGUUUUUUUGGCGAUUUAGUCAGUGGUUUCACAGUUCUGGGUUUUGGCGAUAAAGUAGUUAAUUUAAAGGAUGAUUGCAUUGCCCAAAAUUGGGCUGUGAUUCAUAUCAUUGGUACAUACUUGGAACUUCUUUCAAUGGACAUGAGCCUUUUGAAAGUCAUUGCUGCCAUUCUGUCGUCUUUGGCUUCUUUCUCAGAUGUUUUUGCUAAACUGCUGUAUGGCGAAUUAUUCAUCGUUUCAUCACUAUUAUCCAUUAAUCAUGAUAAAUGGUAA